AUGGCGACCGAAUGGUCGCAUAUUGUUGAAAUACUUUCCGCAAUUUCUAAUGGUUCUCCACACGAUGCCGUGCCAGAUUUGUGCAAAGUUAUCAACAACAGGUUAGUCUUUAUAGCUUUGUAGUUUUUUUUUUCUGCUUUGUGAAGCUGUUGUUACAUAAUAUUUGUGUUUUAAUUGCUCAAUACAGAAAGUGAAAUUGUGGGCAUUUUUUCUAAAUGCGGAACCAAACUUGUCCUACUGUGCAUGCGACUUGUUAUAUGAUUAAGAGUAUUUAGUUUAUCUGAACUUGGUAGGCUGUGAAAAGUUUUCCAUAUAUUACUUUUUAUGUAAAAGCAUAUCAAUCGAAAAUAGUCGUUUGAAGCGAAAAUGUUUAUUUUAAUAUUAUGGAAAUAGGUACAUUAGGCGUACAUAUUUAAUAGGAGGGCAUAAAAUAUUUUGCGGUUUUUGGAUACAUAUAUUGUUUAAAGAUGUCCCUUCUUGUAUUCAUUGGGUUAGGUCAACUAAAUAUAUAAUAAAAAAUUUACCACAUUGCAAAAAUUGUCCGUAAACAACAUGUCAACAAAAAUGCAACAAUUAACAACAUCCUGUUUCCAUGCAAAUUAUUUAAUUUAUAUAAUUUAGUAUAAUUUAGCAUUUCUUGGAAUUCAUCUAAGCAAGUGUAUUACAGAGAAUGGUAGAUUCACAGGGCUGCAAAUAAAUAUUUGACUUGACAGGACAUUUGUCCGAUCACUUUUAAUUUUGGUCGGACAUAACUUGAAUUUGGUUGGACAUAUAUACGUCACAAGACAUAUGUAAGUCAUGAGACAAGUAUGUAUAGCCAUUCCGGCGCAACGUCAAGUAAAAUGCUAGACUGCCUCGUAAAUUUUAUUGCAAAUUGAGUGAAUUUGCAAUUGGAUUUUGUUACAGCAAAAAAAUGUAUAUAAUGUGACAAUAUAUUUUUUUGAUCGGACCAUUUGCCAAAUUUAGUCGGACAUUGUCCGAUGUUCGACAGUAAUUUGCAGGCCUGGUAGAAAAUAUCUGACAAAUAGUUAUUGAGAGGAGUGGCGGAAAGUAUUGAAGUUGUCUAUUGUGUGUAAAUUAAUGUCAACCUCAUUCCCAGGGUACGAGGUUGAAUUAAUGUAAGUACCUAAAGAAUGGAACAAACUUUGACACUUAUUCACAUGAUUGUUGAGAUAAAUGGCCUUUACUAAAAACAGCCAAGUUUGUUACAUUCAAGAAUUUGCUGGCCAUUUUAAUUAACCAAGUUAACCCAUUAAAUCCCAGAACUCUCCACUUGACAAGUAAAAUUGUCUGACAAUAGACAGAGUAAAAUAAUAAAACGGGGCAUAUAAGACUGCAAUGCAACUUAGUGGGUUAAAUUUGUUAAAAGAGAAUUGUUCAUGUGAAUAAACAUGUGUUAUUAAAUAUUUUAGACGUUCUGAUAUACUUAAUCCUGAAGACGAACAUGAAGAAUUCUUUUCUUCAGUGGUGGCUUUAUCAGCUCAUUUUAUUGGCCUUAAUAUAUCUUCCUGUAAGUAGUUCUCCUUCUAACAAGGUAUCACUUGCUUUAUUUGGAUGUCUUGGUCACCAUUUCAAGCUGGGAAAUAUAAAACUGAUACUAUAACAUUAAGAUUGACUGAUGACAAGAAUUUUAUCGUUCUUAGGUACCGAUUGUUUGCACCAUGCGUCUGGGGCAUGUAAGGUUAUACUACAGUUUUGCUUGGCCAGAAUUACUAAAGAAAGAGAUAAAUUUCUAUCAACGGUUGGUAUUUCAUUGAAAUAAUUAAAACUUAAAUUUGUAUGUAAAAUUGCCCGGCAUUAGACAGAGUAAAAUUUAUGAUAAAGUAGGGUGCAUUGCAGCUCAAUCGGUGAACAAGAGAUUGUUUGGUUUACCCAUUACAGUGUCAUCUGGUGUUAGACAGAUAAUAUAGUGGCAGGUAAAUCAGAAAUGCAAAAAGGUUUAAUUUUGUAAUGUAUACAAAAUAAAUGCAAUUUCAUGCUUUAUUUAUUCUUUUAUCAGAAAAACCUUGUGUCAGUGAUUGAAGGGUUGUGCAAAGGUCAUGGUUGUUUGGAUCGAACAGAAGUAAUUGUAUUUAUGGAUAAAAUAAAACAAGCAAAAUAUCCAAAGAAUGAAGAGACUUCAAAAAGUUUAGAAGUAGCAACGAAAACUGAGUUUUAUGGCAAACUAACGAGGCAGGGACUACUAAAUACCAACCAGAGCUUUGCAAGGUACACAAUAUUUAGCAUGUAUGUUUUAACAACAAUACUUUCUGAACUUUAUUGUGCUUCAUUCCUACAAUAUGCACUUGUUUGAUUAUGGUUUUAUCUCAGUUGCAAGUGAGAAAAGUAUUUCCAGUUUGACUCUACCAAACACAGCAGGUUUUCUUGAGAUCUGGAUUACUACUCUGACUUUUAGCUGUACUGCUUCAAUAAGAAAUUAUCUUUAUAGGAAGAACAGUUUAGAACUGAUAGAGCUAUCCAGUUUAAAUAAAGUUAGUUUAGUUUAGGUUUCCUCCUGUAGUAACACUGGAUCAAUAAGAGAUGAUCCUUACUGGGCCUCUAGGAAGAACAGUUUAGAACUGAUAGAGUUAUCCAGUAUAAAUAAAGUUAGUUUAGUUUAGGUUUCCUGUAGUAACACUGGAUCAAUAAGAGAUGACUCUCUUACUGGACCUCUAGGAAGAACAGUUUAGAACUGAUAGAGCUAUCCAGUAUAAAUAAAGUUAGUUUAGUUUAGGUUUCCUCCUGUAGUAACACUGGAUCAAUAAGAGAUGACUCUUACUGGACCUCUAGUGACAACUGUUUAGAACUGAUAGAGAUAUCCAGCAUAAAGGUAGAUAGUUUAAUUAACAUCACAAGUAAAAAAAUAUUUUCCAAAUUAGACUGCCAUUUGCAAGACAUCGGAUGUUUGGAUUUGAAGAUGAUGACAUGAUCGAUAUAAAGACGUAUCUCUGCAAUGCAAAUGUUUCCACACUGAGAGAAAUGCAAGGAGGACAAGUCUUGCUAGAUCUUUGUGCCUCACUACCUAUCAUGUCAAAGUUCAUGACAUUACGUGGUAUGACUGAAGGCAAGCCAUCUAUGAAGAUGAUUGAUAGUCUGCGUAUUGAAGACAUGUUGACCUUUCCUAUAAACAGGUGGGUGGCCACAUUGAAAAUAUGCACUUCAAUGGACCUACUAACGAACAAAAUUUUGAUCUAGACAAGUCUAGACAAAAAUUUUAUCACAGCGUGAAAGAGCAUCACAAAAUUAGUGUCUAGAUCAAAAUUUUGUUCACCAGGUAACAGGUUAAUUAAGAUUUGAAAUGAACAGAUCAACUCCAGAAAUUAUGUGGGCAUACUGGAGCUAUCAAAACUUGUCAACAACUUGAAAAAUCCUUGACUUUCUUUUUCAGUAUCAAAUAAGUUUGUAUUUUUUUUCUUGCAUUAGAGCACCAGAGUUGGCAUCAGAAAUGAACUUAAUCUGCAGCAUUGCCUCCAUACCCGUCAUGGAACCUCUGAACAGUUGUCGUUUGAAUAAAAUAAUGUUGUUAACAUUGGGUUGUGUUGAUAUUGCAAUGUACGCUGCCUCUGGAUAUCUUACUGCAACUGCCAUAGGUACUGCUGGAUAAUUUCUAAAUUUGAGCUUGCUCCUGCUAUGUGCGGUGGUUAAUUUAAGUGCCACUGGGAAAGAAGUUUCUGCAAUAUGUUGUAGUAAGCCAACCAUGAUAUUGCCUCAGUCUUUUGUGACACAAGUUUUUUUACUUUACCAAACACCUUGUGUUUUCUCUGUCUGUAGUUCAGUUUUUUCCUGUAGUAACAUUGGGACAAUGAAGCAUGACUCUUGUUGGAUCUCUAGGGAGAUUAGUUUAGAACUGAUAGAGCUAUCCAGUAUAAGUAAAGUUAGUUUAGUACUUUAGUUUAGGUUUCCUCCUGUAGUAACACUGGAUCAAUAAGAGAUGAUCCUUACUGGACCUCUAGGGAGAACAGUUUAGAAUUGAUAGAGCUAUCCAGUAUGAAUAAUGUUAGUUUAGUUUAGGUUUCCUCCUGUAGCAACACUGCAUGAUCAAUGAAGGAUGACUAUUACUGGAUCUCUGGGAAGAAAAGUCUAGAACUGAUAGAGCUAUCCAGUGUAAAUGAUGUUAGUUUAGUUUAGUUUAGAUUUCCUCCUGUAGUAACACUGAAUCAAUGAAGGAUGACUAUUACUGGAUCUCUGGGAAGAACAGUUUAGAACUGGCAGAGGUAUUCAAUAAAAGUUAGUUAGUUCAAUAAAAUAUAGUUUUCAGUAAAAUACUUAUCUUAUAUAGCAAUAAAAACAUUUAUUUAUUGCAGACGAGGUUGAUAAAAUGGCAAAACAACUUGUUGACACCAGCGUACGUAUUCAUCCCAUGGCAUGAGCUAGACAAUAUUUUGAGAGGGGUAUGCUGAACUCAGCUGAAGACUGGAAGGAGCAUGGCUGAAGAUCCCCCUAUCAGAGCUUGCUUGAACCAGCAUUUCUUCACCUUGCAUUAUUAAUAUAAUUCACAAAUAAAUUGAAGUAUUUAUUUUUACUCCAUUUUACUAAUUUAUGUUUAUUUGUUUAUAGUUGUCAAUAGUGGAUGUGAUUUCUCACACCUUAUCAACAUCUCACAGAGCAGGAGGACAUAUUGUUCAGAACUUUAAUCUUCUUGUCAGUCAUUGUAUAUUGAAAGGCCUUUUCCCUCUCUUGAAUAAUAGAGCUAUUGACGAAGAGAGAGCUAGUGAGACAAGGUACGAAAUGUGGUGGUUCAGCUGUAGGUAGUAUUUUACAAUAAGCUGUCGUGGUUUGUGUCUGAACUACCUGAAUAAUAUAUUUCAACACUUCAAGCAAAAGCCGAGGUUAAAGGGUAUGGGCAAUAAAAAUUGCUUCAUCUAUCUUAUUGCUUUGUCUGAAAGAGCAUGAAAAAAUAAGCCGAUUGGCCGUUUAAUGCUCUAUUCUAUCUCAUCUAGUUCCGAAGUUAUACGCAAAAAUGUGCAAAAUAUAAAUUGCUGACGUCAUUAGCUGGGUAAGUAUGUUUAUUGAAUACUACACUGAAGCAUAACUCAGUUAUUAUGGGCCCAAAUCAAAUGAAAUUUUGGAUACUGAUUGUACAUGAUGAGACGCAUGGAAAAACACUUCUAAUUUUGUUGCCAAGGUAACAAUGUCGUUCCCAGGCCCCUUGCGCCAAUUUUAUAAAACAGCUUUAUUCAAGGUACUGACAAAAAUAAAAUAAUAUCAGAAGUAUGUGUACGGUACCUAUGCAUGCCAAAAGUUUACUUGCAUGAUAAUAAUUCGAAAAUGACAUACACAUAGAGAAAUGCAACUAGUUAUUCAAAAUCAGUGUAAGGGGCCUGGGAACGACUGUGUUGCCUUGACAACGAAAUUAGAAGUAUUUUCCCAUUCGUCUCAUCAUGUACUAUCUGUAUGCAAAAUUUCAUUUGAUUUGAGCCAAUAAUAACUCAGCUAUGCUUUAGUUUACUAUUCAAUAAACAUACUUACCCAGCUUAUGACGUCACACAUUGUGCUGAAUCAACAAUUUAUAUUUUGCACAUUUUUGCGUAUAACUUCGGAACCAGAUGAGAUAGAAUAGAGCAGUAAACGGCCAAUCGGCUUAUUUUUUCAUGCUCUUUCAGAUGAAGCAAUAAGAUAGGUGAAGCAAUUUUCAUUGCCCAUACCCCUUUAAUAGCGAGGUAAUUGUCUACUUUGAAAAUCUAGAUGGGAAGGCUUCAACAUGCUGCGUAUGGAACUGAGUAAGAAGGUCAUUGGUAUAUUAUCCUCAUUAUUGGAAGAUCUGAAGAUGGAGAGCAGUGAUGAUGAAAGUGGUGCUGCUAUUACAGCGGAUGAUAUGAAUAUUGAAGUCCAUGUAUCAGCUUGGUGUCGAGUGAAACUACUGUUUGAUCAUCUCGAGCUUGUCCCGCUCCUCAUGAGAAUAUUUAUGCGUUCUUACUACAAGGUGAGUUAUGAAAUGACUGCCUUGCACUGUCCAGAAACACAACAAAAGAUGAACUAUUCAGUUUGUCUACUGAGAUCAGCGUACAUGCGAAGUUUGUUCCCACAAUCGCGUUGUGGUAACGAGUUCGUCUGGAUCGUUGCUAAUUUAAGCGAUUCUCGGAAAUGGCUGCAAGGAUUAGUGCACAUGUGUUUCACCUCGUAUCUGAGGUUGGAUCCUGUAGUAAUAUAUGUAUGCACCGUUAAGAGAGCACAGUUUUAGAGAACUGAUUGCGCUAUCCAGUAUAAAAACAAAGUUGGUUUAUUUUCAUGAACUACUAUUUCCAGGCGGAUUAUUUAAGCGAGACAAUUUUAACAUCAGCAAAAGGAGGAGAUGAGCCCAAGUCGAGCAACAAUGAUGCUGAAACAAAGUCGAAUAACAGCAAUGAAGGUGAGUAUGAUCUUUUAAUAUGUAUGGGAACAGUAUGUUGAAAUCUAUUCUAUUUCUUGGUGAAAUGAGGAGUAAGGAAUUAUAAAAUAACAUGUAUAUAACGUGUGCUCUGAUUGGCCGAAACCCGUGUUUGGAUCAGGCCAUCCAAACACGGAAAUUUAAAGUGCCUUCGCGGGAAUUUUAAACCCUGUUGUUAUUUUAUAAAACAAUUACUUUAUGGUUUCCGUGUUUGGAUGGCCUGAUCCAAACACUUGGGAAUGUUGCUCGAGUUAAGAAAUGCGCGCAAAAUCACUCGCUUUCGGCUCAUGAUUUCGCGCGCUUUUCUUAACUCUCGCAACAUUCCCGCGUGUUUGGAUCAGGCCAUCCAAACACGGAAACCAUAAAGUAUUUGUAUAAUACCAUCGUUCCUUUCCAAGGAUGAAGAUCCGCAUAUAAAACAUUGUCUUUUCUCACAUGAAACUUUAAUGUUUGUCAAGAGCAUUUGACAUAUUUUAAUCCAAUCUGGAAAACUAGCAUCACACUCACUAUCUGAGCACAGAAUAGAUACAGGACCAGAAGUGUCACUCUGACGAUAUUUUGUCCGAAAUUUUACGAGUGCUGACGUGAAAAUACGCCAUCGUAUGACGCCAUCCUGGAGUGCACACGGAAGUUUUUCCAUAGGAAAACAUAGGUACAAAGUGCCGGGUGCACUCCAGGUGGCGUCAUAGCACGCAAAAAAAUUUCGGACGUUUUCCUUCAGCCAAAACACAUAGGAGUGACACUUCUGGUCCGGUAUCUAUUCUGUGAUCUGAGCUUCUUCAAACCUUCAAAUACUUGUUGCAAUCAUGCAUGUGUCACGUGAUGAUGGACAAUGCUUUAUCUGCGACUUUUUUCUCCAUGCAUGGAAAUGCCAGUAGCUCAUGAAACUUAAUUUUAGAUUCAAGUGAAGGCGAGACUUUGUUUGGUGGUUUAUUUGACACACAAGGAGUUGAACAGGAGAAUUCUGCAGCAGAAAAUGAACCAAAACCGUGGAAAAAUGAGGGGAAAAUGGUCGUUGCUGAAGCGGUUCGUUGAAUCAAGUUUAUUGACUUAUUUGUGAUUGACAUAUUUCGCUACUCUGGUUGAAGGAAAUCUGAAUAUUUCAACAUUCCGGUGUAGUGUCUGCAUCAGAGUGGUAAUGACGUCAUUCCUUGAAUAUUUGUGUAGAAACGUUGGGUUAUGAAUGUAAUUUGUUCAAGGAUUAUAUGUAUAAUCCAUGAAUAUAUGAAUAUAUAAAUAUAUAUUUACUUGAACACCAGAGUAGCGAAAUGUGUUUGACACCUCCGAUUUUCCGUCAUCUCAUAAGCUUUGUUCGUGAUCAUACGCCAAAUGACGUUUAGUCUGAUGUUACCUUGUUGUUUUCCUAGUAUCUGGAGAUGUCCAAGACUAUUUUAGUGUUCAUCAGUGAUUAUAUGUUAAAUAACAUCAGUCCAAACCUCAUGUCUAACAUUCAACAAACCUUCCCAACCACACAUCUCACUGAUCUUGCAUCCCUCGUGCUGGAACUGGAUGGAGCAAAGACUCACAUUGGCACCAUCUCCACGUGUUUUUCCUUCAAUCAAUGUUUAGAUCGCUAUUUACAUAUCUUGUUGACUUUUGGUGUGCUCACAGAUGAACAGCAGGUACACAUAGCCUCGUUUUCAUGUUUCCAUAAAUGAAAUUUCAUGUUUAAGUCUUAAAUUGAAUUUGUCGAGGAAAACUUAAAAUUAGAUUAAUUUUCCUUCAAAUUUUGCUCUGGGCAAGCAAUUUUCAUGUCCAACUUACCCUCAUGACAAAUGGUAAAAAUAACUACACCCGCUAGGUGUUCUUGGUUUUCAUAUGACGUCAUGUGGGGGUUAAGGGUCUGUGUCAGGGGUAAAGGACGGCUUUUAUAUUGUUUUAUAUUGGCAUUUGUAAUAGUCAGAUAACUCAUUUACAUAAAAUGCGUUUCUUUGUUGUGUUUGUUGUGAAAUUAUGCUAAAACAUCACGUGAUUGAAACGCAAGAACAGCCAGAAACAUGCUGUGCUUCUAUGACACUUGUUUGAAACUUCUUCCUGUUCUUUCCACUCACAGGAAACCAUACUAAAGCAGCUUGGUGUUUCACCACAUGCCGCUGACCAUUGGCCAUUGUACAUUGGUCCUCGUAGUUUAUCAAUCUUAGCGCGAGUGCUCCUGGGAAGACAAGAGAGUUGUCGAGAGACUGGGGAUGAAUGUGAUGAUGAAAGUUGUGUCAAAACUUGGCAGAGAUUGAUUCUCACUUUGCGAGAAAUGGCUUUCAAUGAGAGACGAAGACCCGGUAGGUAGCACGUCAUCUUAGUUCUACAGCCUCGCUUUCAUGCUUGAGAUGUUGGGCUUUAACUAAUAGUGACCUUACGAUUUAGGACGGAAACGUGACGACAACGCCUACCAAUACAAUAAAUCAUUGAAAAUAAUUGAAUAAUUACAAUAUAUGAAUAAUUUAGACAUUGUCUUUCGCUCUGUUUACAACACCAAAUCACAGAUUUUCACGUUUUGAUACAACGGCUGCAUUUCAAGCCGCAACAAGUGCAACCAACCUCGUUCCCAGGCUCUUCCCUCAACAAGAGGGAAGAGCCUGGGAACGAGGUUGAAGUGCAACUUCAAACUGGGUUCAGCAGAACUCUUCCCAAACAUAAAACCCAUGUCUUCAACUUCUAAAACUGUAUUAAAUUCAUACGAUUGAUAAUAUACCAUUUAUUUGAAGGAGUUUGUUUUGGCCGACAUCGUCGCGUUGCCGUCCUAAAAUCGUAAGGUCUCUAUUGUCAUAUACGCGAAAACUAGGCUCUAUAGUCAAAGUGACGUAGUUUCCGGAAGGCUGUAUUAAUUAACCGUACUCAUGCCAUGCGACCAGUCCUUGUCCACCAUCUUUGGUUUGCAAACCACGCGGGGAAAACACACUGCAAGAAGCGAAGAAGUGAAUUUAAUGAAGUGGAAACACAGUUUACUAUUAACUUCACUAAAUUACUCCUUUGUUGUCAUCCUUUUGUUUUGACACCCAAAAUCGGCGGACAAGGCCUGGUCGCAUGGCGUGAGAAAGGACAAUGGACAACUUGCAUGUUAGACUAAAUUUUAAUCUAUUAGUAACGAGAAGGGAGUAAAACAUAACAGUUAAAAAGAAUAUAAUGAAAUUAGUAAAAUUGCAAAAUUUGGUUGCGAAAUGUUGUAAAAUUUGGAAAAUAUAGCCUUGCGAAGAUUGCAUAUUUUCAGUAUAUUUGUAUUACGUGCGGAAAUUGUUACCAUUUUCGGCUCAAAAAUAGUAACAAUUUCCACACGUAAUACAAACAUACUGAAAAUAUGCAAACUUCGCAAGGCUAUAUUUUCUGUAUUUUACAACAUUUCAUAACCAAUUUUUGCAUUUUUACUGAUUUUAAUAAGUUCUUUACGGGAAUUUACAUUUUUUGCCUAAAUCAAAAAUUAGUCUAACAUGCAAGUUGUCUAUUCAAAUACGAUAAUUUCCUACUUUAUAACUAUAACCCGUACAAUCCUUGUCCUAACCCUAGCAUUACCCCAACUCUAACCAUCACACUUACCCUGACUGUAAUGUUAUCUCUAAUCUUUACUCAGUCCUAACUUAAUAUGAAUAUUCUGCCUUCACUGAGCUCUAUAUAUUCCCCACAGAUCUGAAUGUAGAACAACUGCAGUUACUUCUUUUGGUGUGGCAUAAUUUCACGAAGAAACAACGAGAUAAAACCCUGGUGUUAUGUAUAAAUGCUCUAUGCGCCAUUUCACAAGAUCACGAACUGAGUGACAAAAUUCCUCUGUAUUGCAUGAGAUUGCUCACUAUUCUGGACUACAUGCUCUAUCAGUAUGAUGAACCACCACGAGAGCUCUUGACUCAGGUAUUUAUAACUGGUUUUCGUUCUUUCAAUGAUAAACAAAGCAGGAGUCUUGAACUGUCUGUGUCAGUGUAGGUUGUGGCAAUAAUAAGAAAGUUUCUGGUUCCCACAACUUCCGGAAAAAUACUUGCAGUUUUCUGUAUAUCUGUAUUAAGGAGGCUCCCUACAGUUGCGUGCGGGAUCUUCGCGGGACCAGUAGGUGAACUAUCCCACGCAACCACAUGAUCAAAACAAAACAAAAUUUUCUUUUAAAAAAAAAGUUAUUUCUGAAAGGUUUCUAAUGGGAAAAAGCGUUGAAUAAUACUUCGUUUUGAGUGCCAAAUUACUUGCGAGUCUAUACAGCAAUUCUACAUAUGAUACGAAUACCACUAGACCAAAAAAUACCUACGAAACAAUGUGUUUUAAUAUUUUUAAAAUAUACAUUGUCAAUUGUAAAACAUUUGCAAAAUUGCAUACAAACGUUUAAAAAGUUGUUUAUUUCUCAAGAAAACGUUCACGUUUUUAGUCGUGUUUCUACAAGAUUAAAGUGAUUAUAUGUAAACAGAAAAAUAUUUCGGUUUCAUAGCCUAAUUGUUCAUUUUUAGCAAAAAGUACAAAACCAAACAUGAAACAAAAAAAACACAUCCACCUGUUAAUAGGCUGUUACAGCUCAUAUAUUGAGUAAACGGCAGGAUUCAAUUAGCUUCAACCUUGUUUUCAUCGAUUUAAUCCUUCACAAUAAUCCUUGGCUGUCCAUAGCACUCAAAUAAAUCGAAAAGUUGACAAAAACAAAACAGUAAAAACAACAUUGCGGCUCGAUUUUGCUGAAUGAAAACUCGUUCUGCGCCCGCGUACAAUCUUUUACUAGUCAGCGACGCUUUUCAAUAGGAGAAUUUCUCGAGUUACACGAGGCUAUUUUCUAACUUUAUUUGCAUUUUACUCGUUAGUUUCAUCGGUGACCUAUCUUCAAAUUUUGACCACGAAUUUAUUUUGCGGUAAAUUUUAUAAAUUUCAAAUUUUAAAAAAAUCUGUAGUGUGGAAAUUUCGCAAUAAAUUUUUCGCUUUUAAAAAAAUCACACACUACAGAAUUUUUUAAACUUUCACCACAGUUGCAGAGCAUCAUUCCUUAUUGAUAUAUGAAAUAAAAAAGAUGGGUCACCGACAUCGUUUUUGAGAUAGCGGCACAUUUAUGGGUUAAAUUGGAAGGCUUUAUGCUGUCGUCAUGUUGCCAUGGGAACAUUGACAUCGUCGAAAUCUAGUUCGAAAUAUUCCUUAGGUGACCAAUUUUGCCACCAAGUCGAAAAAAAUUCGCGUUUUGCACGAAUAAGCCUGUUUUACGGAAUUAUUGCUUAAACAAGAAUAACUGUAGGGAGCCACCUUAAGAGGCAAUUUUUUUCAAUGUCACGUAUUUGCAAUGAAAAGUGUUCAAAACCUAAAAUCUUUUUGGCGUUCCUCUCAAAAUUACUUUGUUUUAGCUUUAUUCUCUAGUUUAUACAGUCAGUUAGCUACCAUUUUAAAUGCAUCUGCCGGUUGAAAAACAUAAAAUAAUAGUUAAAAAUUGUCAAUUAAAAUACAAUUAUCAAUGAUGCUUUAACAGUGACGUCAUAUUUACAGCCAUAUAAGCAAAACUUACUGAACUUCAGACAUCAUUUUCUCUUUGGCGUAUCAUCUAAAAUCUCUUCAUUUUAGCAUCAUUUUAUAGAUAAAGCACUAAACAUACUUUUUAAGUUUGUUUACCGAUUGAGAAACGUAUCGAAAAAUAAAAAAAUUGAAUUUAGUUCUAACCUCAAGUGAUAUAUUAUACGCAUUAGUUUUGAGCGCCUAUUACAUAACAUAUAAAAAAAUCUCCUUUUAAUAUACUCUGUAAUGUGAUUUUUUUUACUAAAUUCAUCUGAGUGGUUUAUUUUUUAUCACGUGAUCGCUUUUAUAUUCUUAGUUUAAAAGCUCAUGUAAUUUUGCGGACCCCCCGCUGGCAACUCCAGACGAAUGGCCUUCGCUCGAAACGUCGAAAUUCUCCUUAUAUUGUUCAGGUAGUUGCAUCCCUAUCAACGAAAGCUUGUUAUUAUUGCCACUACCUACACUAACAAAGACAGUUGAAGGAGAACUUUGACGUCUUGAGCGAAGGCCCUGCGCUUCGUUUGCUGCUGUUUUGUCACUACCUACGCGGCACACAACCUCGUACCCAGGCUCUUUGCACUACGCUCCUUGCGCGGCACAGAACCUGUUGCUUCUAUACAAGUACAUGUAACAAUCUGUUCCAAGCUAGCAAUGCCGUUCUUGCCUAGGCCAAAAAAAUAUGUGUGUUUCCUAUUUCUUCUUGUAAAAACUUAGGUAGGUUUUAACCUUUUUUAAACUUUUUUUUAAAUUUUCCUAACAACCGGACGCCAUUUUGUUUAGUCAGUGUUUCCACAUUCAAAGAUAAAUUUCCCUAAUAUUGCCUUAAAUUUCCAUUUUCCACAAACGUUUUCCUCUAAGUGGAAACACUUACAAGCAUGAUCCAAUAAAAAAGUUUAGGGUCGGGAUUUCGGCGUCCAAAACUAGGUAGGGUCGGGAAACCGGAAACCCACAUAUUUUUUUUUGGCCCUAUUGUAUUUUAUUUUCAUCAUAAUAUUUGACAUUCCUCCAGGUUCAGUACAAUCUGUUCAAGACAAAGUUGAGCUACAUGGCCAUGCUACAUAUGGAUGAUGAUAUGAUGGAUGAACCAAGAUUAAUAUUCUUUCCUACAGUCGAGAGAGAAAAUCGAGAUUACCACAGACCCACAGGGGAUCCCUUGGGACACACGUAUGAAAAGAGGACACCCAGGUUCUAUGGGGUACGCUGUGGGGAACAAAGUGCAUUACCUGAUGAAAUGGUAGGUGAAUAUGGAAGGUGGAAAGAGUUCAUCUGAAUAAUUCAUCCUGUGUUUCAGUGGCGAGCACCUCGCGAAAUAUUGGGGGGGAGGGGGGGGGCUUUGCGGUCCCUGUUAGUUCUUGAGUAAUUCCAUGCCAUUUCAACACAGGCAUGACACCCACCCUCUCCAAAUUUCUUUAUAUUUUGCAGGCAGUUAACACUUUGUGGGAAUAGUUUAAGUUCAAAAUUUGAGCAUCGUAGCUGCAAUAGUUUUUGAGAUAUCGCAAUUCGAAAUAUGGCCCGAAAAGCAAAAAAGUGGGCGUGGCUAGUGCUAAAUUCAUCAUUACCCUAUUUUACAUUUUGACCUGUAACUUCAUAUCCAUCAAAAUUUGCACAAAUAUGUAUUUGUAUGUGGAGAUUUCAAAUAUUGCACUUUCAUCUUUGUAUCUGCAACCAGUAAUGUGUUAUGGCACAGCAAAGAGUCUAAUUAUGUGUUUCUGAAGACACGAAAUAUACAUCAUCUUUAUUGGAAAAAUUUUUAUUUUUUUAUUUCACAUCAUAUCCACAUGCUAUUCUACUUUUAAGCAAAAUUUGGUGAUGGUUAGUUGCCUGCUUUAAAAAGUAGAGCCCUUCAAAGUUGUCGUAUUUUUUAAAUAACUUUAAUAGUACGUUUUGGAUGUUUGUUAAGAAUAAAAUACAUUUAUUGAGAAAUGAGACUGCCAAAUAGCUUAAUGUUUGAUUCUAUCAUUCUUUUUUAAUAGUACAUUAUGUUCUCCAAGAGUAACUGUUAUUUCUUGUAUCAAAUUGCCUUUGAUCAAAAUCGAUGCUGUAUAUAUAGAGAUCACUACUGUUUAUCCAUGAAUGUGCAUAAGACUUGUUGGUCUUUAGGCUGCAGUUUGUACUGCCUCCCAGUGACUAUUGUUCGGAACACCAAUGUUAGAAAUAAUGUUUUCAUCCGAAACCCAACAAGUAUUAGUGAUUGACCAAUUAUUAUCAAUUAUUCAUCCAGUAAUCUACCCGAUUCUGAUUUUCUAUGACGUCAUAAUCCAUUUCGAGAUUUUAAUGAUAAUUUCCAACGUAACAUGUUACUAGUAGCAGCCAAAGUUUGUUAAACCUGUACAUAAAUGACACACUUCACGUGUUAUUUCGUCGCGGCAACGGUUUGCUCCACACCUACUAUGCAACACGCUACCGUUCGCGCAAGAGAUUAAACAGUUGUUGUUUUCACAUAAAAAAGUGCAUUCAACGUGUAUCACCGCGUAAUAUAUAUGAUUUUUAAAGUGCGUAUUUUCUCAACAAUCGGUUUACACAAUCGGAAAAUACAAAAUAUUCUACAGAUUCCGAUUGUCUACCGAUAAGCAAAAAUCGGGGAUUCCGAUUAUAUAUUUUUUUAUUAAAAACAUCUUGUAACACGAUAGCUAAUCAACUAAAAAAAUAUUAGCAAGGUUGUCGUUACUUUUCACUAGGCCGUGUACUUACAGACAGUAUAAGAGAUUCCCAUGCACCCACCCUCCCCGAAUCACCCAAAUAAUAUUAGAAAGACAUUCAAAGUUUAUUAUUCACUCCAACCCAACCCAGAUAAAAUUAUAUAAAAAUUUUAUUUCUUUCAUUCAAACUUUAGCGGCAGCAUAACCGAAAGUUCGUUUCAUUGAAUUUGUUUUUGGCUUCAACAACAUCAACUUAUUUUUGUUAUUUUUUAAUUCAUAUCGAUCUGAAUUAUAUAGUUUAAACAUGUCCGAAAUGUUAUCGUGAAAUUGACAUGUAAGUGCUUUUGAUACAUAUUUUAGUUGUUGCUCCGUCCUUCUUUCACCUAACGUUUUCCAAUCUAGUUUCUUUAAAAUAUCUAUGGAGCUUAUUUCAUAUGAAUCACCCGUAAUAACUUUUGCAGCUCAGUUUUGGAGUUUCUGAAGAUUGCCUCUUAAAGAUUCGCCACAGUUACCCCAAAUCAUCGAGCAGUAAUCAAAGUGUGGUUGGACUAAAGCUCGAUAACGAUGUUUAAGAGUUUCCGUUGAAACGUAUGGCUGACACGAGUAUACGACGCAAUUAUCGGUCAAUCGCUAACAAGUAUCCUCCUACUGGCCAGAAAUAUGAUCUUGCGAUGCACUUUGGGUGCAUAAACCUUAUUAAUUUUUGCAUUUCUUUGAUCAUUGUCAACUUCUUCAAUCAAAUCAAGCCAUUUUUCAUCAUCUUACAAGCAUACAAUAAAAGAGUUCACUGAAAGUACAAUUGAUUCACGAGCAGGGGUAGAUAAGAAAUAAAUUGUAUUGCAUACUUUUGAUCCAUUGAUAUUCUUUUUGUGUAUGUACUAUUAAUAAAUAUGUAAUUUUAAACUUUUAAAACAAAUUUUAAAUAUGCACUAUCAAUAAAGAAGGAUCGAAUGAAAAAUUAAGGUAUUUGGCAGUCUCAUUUCUCAAUAAAUGUAUUUUAUUCUUAACAAACAUCCAAAACGUACUAUUAAAGUUAUUUAAAAAAUACGACAACUUUGAAGGGCUCUACUUUUUAAAGCAGGCAACUAACCAUCACCAAAUUUUGCUUAAAAGUAGAAUAGCAUGUGGAUAUGAUGUGGAAUAAAAAUUACUGUUGUGUCUGUAUGGCUUCCAUAAAAAUUUUUCCAAUAAAUAUGACGUAUAUUUCGUGUCUUCAGAAACACAUAAUUAGACUCUUUGCUGUGCCAUAACACAUUACUGGUUGCAGAUACAAAGAUGAAAGUGCAAUAUUUGAAAUCUCCACAUACAAAUACAUAUUUGUGCAAAUUUUGAUGGAUAUACCAUGUACGGGUAUGAAGUUACAGGUCAAAAUGUAAAAUAGGGUAAUGAUGAAUUUAGCACUAGCCACGCCCACUUUUUUGCUUUUCGGGCCAUAUUUCGAAUUGCGAUAUCUCAAAAACUAUUGCAGCUACGAUGCUCAAAUUUUGAACUUAAACUAUUCCCACAAAGUGUUAACUGCCUGCAAAAUAUAAAGAAAUUUGGAGAGGGUGGGUGUCAAAUCAGUUUUUUUUGUGUUGAAAUGGUAUGGAAUUACUCUCUUUUAACUUUUUUUGCCUUAAUAUUUUUUAGUUCAAACAUGUGUUAUUGAUCCUGGAUAAAGAGAGCACCUCGUAUUCGUAUUUCUACACAAGUCUCAUCAGCUUACUCAGUGCUGGCUCAAGAUGCGAUGUCUUGAAGCGACAAAAAUCAAAAUUUGUCAACCUGUCGGAUGCGAAAAUUGUUCGCUGUUUGUUUGGCAUGUGCUGGAGAUUGUUGCUGUCUCUACCGCCACCCGUCUCAUUUUUAUCUGGACUGCAACAAAACCAAGCUAUUGAACUGAAGGUAAGUUAUGAAACCCGUGUUGAUGACACAGUGCAUGUGAUCUGAUCCUCUGCGACCAGAGGUCCAUUCCUGCAUUAUACAGUCAUCUGAUGAUAGUACCACUUCAGUCACUUGUGAGAAGAGUGCUUCCGGUGUCACUCUAACAAACACUGCAGGUUUCGUUAAGGUACUCUGGUUUCUCCAAUAAGAUGGCUUCACUGGACCUCUAAGAAGAACAGUUAGGAAUCAUAGAUAUGAGAUAUCUAUGUUUAGAACUGAUAUAGCUAUCCAGUGUAAGAUUUAGUUUAAGAGGAGAUUUUUUUGUAUAUGUUACGUAACACGCGCUCAAGACUAAUGCGUAUAAAUAUAUCACUUGAGGUUAUGACUAAAUUCCAAAUUUUUAUUUUUCGAUACGUUUCUCAAUCGGCAAACAAACUUAAAAACUAUGUUUAGUGCUUUAUCUGUAAAAUAAUGCUAAAAUGAAGAGAUUUUAGAUGAUACGCCAAAGAGAAAAUCAUGUCUGAAGUUCGGUGAGUUUUGCUUAUGUGGCUGUAAAUAUGGCGUCAAAUUUAAAGCAUCAUUGAUAAUUGUAUUUUAAUUGACAAUUUUUAACUAUUAUUUUAUGUUUCUCAACCGACAGAUGCGUUUAAAAAGAUAGCUAACUCUAUAAACUAGAGAAUAAAGCUAAAACAAAGUAAUUUUGAGAGGAACGCCAAAAAGAUUUUAGGUCUUGAACAAUUUUCAUUGCAAAUACGUGACAUUGAAAAGAAUUGUCUCUUAAUAAUUUAAAGUCGUUGUGAUUUACAUACAGUAUGUUGAAUUCGUUUUCUCUGCAGAAUGUUGGAGAUUUUGUAACAGUUCUUGUUACGCUUUACUGGGCAACGAAAUUAUCAAACACAGACGAUCAAUCCGCUAUCAAGGUCAGUGUGAUGAGAUCUUGAGUUUUUCAAAGACUUCAAACUCGUGCAUGUUUUCCCAAAUUGCCCUCGAAACAAUAUACUAUUACCUAUACAAAUUAUUAAGUAAAAAUCUGUUUAUUUAGAAUGCUCUGCAAGAACAAAACAUGUCAGCUGAUGACAUUCUUCCACUGACAUCGGAUUUAUUCAGCACAACUUGUGAUGACGUACAAACUAUCAAACAUGCUUCCACUUAUUUACAACAGGUUCGUCUAAAUUUCAUUUUCCUGCGGGACAAUAUUAAACUGUUAAAGUCUCAACUUUAGUGUAUGCUGUCGUCUCCGUUCUGAAGUUCGAUUCCUUUAAAGUGUAUAUGAAAUGAAAUUUCUUAUUUUCUUAAAUGAAAGAACCCUUUAAGCUGUAGUGCAACUUAUUUUCAGUUUCUUGUUUUUAUGGUUUGUUCCCGAGACAUUUCAAUUUGUUUGAUAUGUAAAUGAGUGUGAAUAUGUCCACUAAUUUAUGACGUCAUGUUGGUUGCAAGCUCUUUAAAAUGGUUGAAUAUCACUGCUAUCAUCCAAGAUGAUAAUUUCAAACUUCGCUCACUGGUAAAUGUGAUGAAACACGGGAGAAAAACGUGAACAGAUAUCUACAGUUUUUAGAGUUAAUACAUUUAUAACCAGUGUAAGUUGAGCUUGCAACCAACAUGACGUCAUAAAUUAGCGGACAUAUUCACACUCAUUUACAUAUCAAACAAAUUGAAAUAUCUCGGGAACAAACCAUAAAAACAAGAAACUGAAAAAUAAGUUACACUACAACUUAAAGAGUUCUUUCAUUUAAGAAAAUAAGAAAUUUCAUGUCAUAUACACUUUAAGUUUAGUUUAUCAAAACCUCGCCUUAACUUGAGCAGUUUGAUGAAAACGUAAGUUCUUUGUUUGUUCAAUUUCUAGAUAUUGGAUCAUUUCACGCACAGCGAGGAAGUGUUGAGUCCAGACCAGCUCCCAGGCCUCCUCACUCUCAUGACGGUUGACUGUAUUCUGACUAGAAUAUCAAUUGUCUUGACACCCAACUUAGAAAUGGAGGAGGAAGCCGUCAUGGUCGAGAUUGAAAAAUUAUUUCCUGUUGUGUUGAAACUUGUGAAAGCUUACCAAGGCUUUGCAAGGUACGAGGAUUGUCUACACUUUAUUAAAUUAAAGUUGUCAUGUUUACAUGUAACACAGUAACACAUGUAACACAUAGUAACACAUAGUAACACGUGAUCUUUUGUGUUUAGAUUCAGUUUGUUGUCUCAUCACAAUGUAUUGAGCAAAGUUCGUGAUCAGGAUGUUGCAAUAUAUUCAAAAGUCAUCAGAAUAUCUUCAUCUGCUAUGGCAAAGAAUCCGGUUCUAGCUGGUCCAGUUAUCACAGGUAUAAAUAUUUAACAAUUAUUCGCCGAAGGCGAGGUGAUUAUCGGGGGUUUCCUCCUGUAGUAAGACUGGAUCAAUAAAAGAUGAUCCUUACUGGACCUCUAGGAAGAACAGUUUAAAACUGAUAGAGCUAUCCAGUAUAAAUAAAGGUAGUUUAGUUAUUGACUAGUUAAUCUAAAAGCGUCACCGUGCAUGUUUAGUUUUAUCAUGUGACCAAAAUGAGGUAUGAUGAUUGGCUGAGAAGUUAUUGUUUCCUCCACAGGUCUCCCAAUCCCGCUGGAAGAGAUCAAACAAUGGAAUAAUCUUGGUUCAGUCGAUUUUAAUCCUCAGUUUUCUCCAGAAGACAUUAUCAAUGAGGGCAUAUCAGACCCAACUCAAAUGAUCCACACGCUACUCUCCUCACAUAUGAAAGUCAUGUCCUUCAGAUUCCCAUUCAGUGUCGACGCAUCCAUCAGACAUGUCAUGAAAUCUCUUGUUCAGCUGACUGCGAGUUUACUGUCGUGAGUUGAAGUAUUUUCUAGCUGUGGUGUUGUAGUUCUUGCUAUGAAAGUUGAGCCAAUGGGUGAUCCCAGCAAGAGACUAAGUUUUGAGCAAGGGAAGAAGAACGAAAUUCAACACCACAGUUAGAAAGAGCGUCUUAGAAUGAGUAAAAUUGUAAAAUGAAGAAAAUAUAGCCCUGUGAUGCUCGCAACUUUUGUAUAUAUUUGUAUUACGCGCGGUAAAAAUAACCACUUUCAGCUCAAAAAUGGUUAUUUUUCCCGCGCGUAAUGCAUAUAUAAACAGAAUUUGCGAACUUCACAGGGCUAUAUUUUCCUCAUUUUACAACAAUUCGCAACCAAACUUAGCAAUUUUACUCAGUUUAAGAUGUUUUUUUCCAGCUAUGGUAUAAUGGAUUUCGUUCCUCUUGUCUAGAUCAAAAUUUCCUCUAUGGCCAGAAUCAUUCAUUGUAAUAAUAAUUUUACUUGUGUGUUUAGUAACUAUCCCAAAAAAGAAGGAUCGCUGCAUUUGGUAUUUACAAAAGAAAUCUCAGAGGCCAUCACCCCCCUGGUCGUGGACGCCUCAGCUGAGUUCUUGUUUGAUGAAACAGAGAAUAUCGUCGAGAAUGUUUUUGGAUCUUUGGAUAACGAAGAAUGUUGCAACCAAAUUCAGAAUUAUCUGUUGGAAAAUUGCUAUGAUUUGAUAAUUGAACACAGCUUGUCCCAAGAGUAAGUUCUGUAAUUAUUUUAUUUUAUUUACAAGUUUGCCAUUGCAAUAGAUCUAUAUAGAGUACUAUGGUUACAAAUGACUGGAAUUUCCACACAGAGAUAGUUUUUUUGUUUGAAGAGCAUCGGCGCAGAUGAGCUCAGUGUGUUAUUCUUUACUUGAUUGAGUUAACUUUCCUGCCCUUCGAAACUCGUGCAAAAAUAGAUUUGAGGUUUGACCAUUUUUCUUUGAGUACUCAUUCUUCCUCCUCACCAAACAGUAAUGCUUCCAUCUUAAUUAUGCUCCAUGACCAGAGAUAGGUUGUAUAGUGGCAGCCAGAAACCUGUGACUCAGCGUAGACCUAGGACCUCGACUGCUUUCACAGUUUUGGUUGAUUUUGGGUUAGCAUUUUGUAAGUAUGACGUCGCCUGCGAAAUAAAAGCGUCCUUGCUCCGCCCGCCUCUAAACAGCCUGGAUCCCCGUCUUGUCAAGUGAACUGAAAAAGCGCUAGGUCUAGGCUUGCUUUGACUCAGGUUUGAACCGUUUUCUUCGUUAAGUCCAUUUUCCACUAAGCGAAUUUUUUCGCUGACCAAUCACAUUGCCAAGAUUUCGCUCUCAGCUGCAAAGACGUGUAGCCUUGACCUUUCUUACUAAUUGUUCCUGCACAUAUAUUUCCUUACAGGCCAGUGUUAUGUGAAGAUAUAUUUGUUGAUUGUGAAAGAUUCAUGGAAAGUUUAUUGGAGCGAGCUGAAGGGAGAUCCACAUUAAAGAAUUUCUUUGAAGAUAAUGAUAAAUUCGUUCGUCUGUUUCUUUUGUCUGCAAAUCAGAAUUUCUCUCUUUCGUUUGUUUAUCGAAUGUUGAAAUUUGUCUCUCGUACUCUCGAAACGUGUAAGUAUUACUAUUUAUGUUGGUCGUUGAAGAACAUUUCUUGCUGUUUUGUUUUUUCCCAUUAUCUUGUCGUGUUACAGAACAAUCAUGGCCUCACUCGUGUUCGGCUACUCCAGUCCGAUUCAUGUCGUCCAUUUUCAUUAAUCUUAGUGUUCACUUUUCUUUAGAUGAAAAGCAACCCAAUGAUCCCACAGCCCAAGGACUGGUCCAGUCAAUUUCCAAGAUCAGUGAGGUUGACUCAUCCUUGCUCACGACAUGGUUAAACAGAAUUAUAGUGGGCAGUGUGACAGAUAAGGAAAUGACAGGAAAAAUGGCUGACAAUCGUCUAUUACUUCAGUCUAUUGUAUCAUUUCUUGUCAAAGAACAAAGGUAAAACAUGAUAAUCCUGUUGGAAUGUUGAUAGCGUUGUGGUUAAUGUAGAGCUUAGUGUAGGUUUCCUCCUGUAGUAACACCGGGUCAAUAAGAGAUGAUCCUUACUGGACCUCUAGGAAGAACAGUUUAGAACUGAUAGAGCUACCCAGUGUUAGUUUCGUUUUAUGAUAUGAUAAUCUUUCGUCUUUUAUUUAGUGCUGUAAGCAGCGCAGCGAUCGAGACAUUACUAGAUGCAAUCAUUCCUUUGGGAACACUGCUUCUGAAUAUGGCGACAGAUGUAUCUGUGGUGAUCGGAUCAAAGUUUGUGGAUUUUCUUUCAAUUUCCUCCACUGUGGCUGGCUAUGGUGAUGGAAGUGGUCAUAUCAAAUUAAUGCAAGCUGUUGUCACGUGGUUACAAACUUGGUAUGGCUUUUAUGUUAUUCAUAGUUUGUUUGGAAGUUGCUUGCAUAAGAACAGCUGUCUGUCUGUCUGUCUGUCUGUUUACUUUAGUUGAAGAGACUUUUGUCUCAAGUUGUGUCAGUAUUAGCGUAGGUUAAAGUUUGGAUUUGGAUUAGAGUUAGUUCAUCAGAGUUAGGGCCAGAGUUAGUUGGGUUGGGGUGGGGUGGGGUUUGGUGGAAUUGGGUGGGGGGGGGGGGGGGGGGUUAAGUUACUUAGGAUUAGAGUUGGAGUUAAGUUUCGGGGUUAGGUAAGAUGUGGGGUUAGGUUGAAGGCUGGAAAUGUAAAACCGAGGGGAUGUUAAUUGAUUCCUUGUAUUGCAGCAAAUCUGACUUGAAUCCAAACUUAAUCGGAGAUGGCAAAGCAAAAGACAACACAAACAGUUUGGUGGAAUGUACCAACGUCUUGCUGGCUCAUGUUGCUGACGUGUUGGUUGUGUUGAAACAGACAGAUGAUGACGACAUCUGUAGUGGUAGCCAUGGUGAUGAUCACGUCGUGAGUGAUAUUGAAUCAGAUGGUGUUGAUGAUGAUGAUGAUUCUGGAGCAGAGGAAUCUGUAAGUUAUGAACAUAGUCCCUUGAACAGAGGUUCACCCUUACUGGAGUAAGUUUACACGUAGUGGAGGUUUACCCUUACUGGAGUAAGUGGAGUAGAUGUUCACCAUUUGUCUUUCACGUGUGUGACCAGAGUUAGAUUCCUGAAAUAUGCAAUUGUCUGAUUGUAACUUCUACCUUCUUGUUCUGACUAAGUUUGAUGGUUUUCGCUGCAGGAGGAAGACGUGGAACAACUAUGGAACAAACUUUGUACAUUCACAACAACAAGAAAAGAAUUUGCCAACCAACAUUGGUAUCACUGUCACACAUGUCGCAUGAAUGAUGGCGUGGGAGUUUGCACUGUCUGCGCUAAAGUAUGUCAUAAGAAUCAUGACGUCACCUAUGCCAAAUAUGGAUCUUUCUUCUGUGACUGUGGCGCCAAGGAAGAUGAUAGUUGUAAGGUAGGGACUGGAUACUAGCCAAGGUUUUAGAAAGAUGUUAAUGGUGAAAUAAUACGACAAACCAUCCAAGAACUUAGAAUAACAUGAUCUAUACUGGCUAGGGUACUGGGAACAAACGAUGAUCAAACAGGUCAUCUUCCAUUACAUACUAUGUCUGUUUACUGUAUUUACAUACUACUUAUUAUAUGUCCAUGCCAUCUGAUCCUGCUUCUCUCGACUUCUCUGCAAUGUCUACCCACAUCUUGUGAUUAUAUGAUUGGAUAUACAGGUCAAUUAUCAGAUUAAGUCCUUGAAAUGAAUAUACUGGAACGCUACCUUCAGCUAAACUGCCAAUUUCUUGAAGCCAAAUCUGACCUGCACACACACAUGUCAUGAUUGACUGGUGAUAGCUCUUCGCAUGCGUGAAAAGACUGGGAAUAGCCUUCAAGUUUGUCUUCAGAUUUCCAGUUGGUGGAAUUCCAGUUAUGUUCAUUUCAAUGGAUAAACAAUCUAUUCUUUGCCCAACGUCUGAAAAUGUCAGAUCAUCCAUCUCUAGUAUGAGUGAGGCUGAUCGUUCUGCAAAAUGAUGUAUUGACAUGUUAUUUCAGGCCAUGAAGAAACGAAAUCCCCAUGACAUCUCAGACAUGGCAAGUCCUGAUGAGAAAAUCUCUGCAGUCAGCAGUUAUCGUCUUCUACCCCAACUCCGUAUUGAACGUGUUGUGUCUGCCGAGGCGAAGUCCGAAGAUGUUGAGAAGAAUAAAGAAAAAUCAAGCUAUGAGUUCGGUCAACCUGCAUUCAGACGAGAUCUUAGAAAACAAAUUGAGGUAGGACUGUUUGCUGUAUUCGUGUUCCAGGGCAGCAGACGGUGCUCAAAAACAUUCAUCCUUUUACCUGCAAGAAAGUAAGGCAGAUCUCUUUAUUCUAUUUAUUGCCUACAAAUGCAAGACUACUCCAUCUAGUGAUGCUUGUGAUGUUACUCUGAGUGUGUAUCCACACCGGGCAAGCUUGAAAAAUAUGCCUGACCACGGUGGGAAUCGAACCUACGACCUUUGGAAUACUAGCCCAAUGCUCUGCCCAAAUCGAUUCCCACCGUGGUCAGGCAUAUUUUUCAAGCUUGCCCGGUGUGGAUACACACUCAGAGUAACAUCACAAGCAUCAUAUUCACCUGAGUACAUUACACCAACACAGAAAAAAUCAUGAUUACUCCAUCUAAUGUUAUGAACAUUAUUUCCUCACUCUGAUAACUGCAGGUUGACCACCAUCUGCUGUAUCAUAGUCCUUAGUGAAAUCCGUCUCCAUGAACUUUAUUUUUUUUUUUGUUAAUUGUUUAUUCUAAUUUUUAACCACUAUAUUUUCUCCACUAGGCGAACAAGAAACCGCUGGUCAAAGUAAUCACAGACAAUGACAUGUGCCAGACACUGCUCACCUUACUCAAUACCUUAUCACGUAUCAGUAACUAUGGUAACCAAGUUGUAGGUGGCGCAAGACAAAGAAUCACUGAAGCCUUAGACGAUCUCCACACCAGCGAGAAAGCUGUGGAAAAUAAUGAACAAUUACUGGUUAGUCAUAUAACUUUAUUUAUACUGGAUAGCUCUGCCAGUUCCAAACUGUUCUUCCGUCCUAGAGAUUCAGUAAGGAUCAUCUCUUAUUGAUCCAGUGUUACUACAGGAGGAAACCUAAACUAAACUAACUUUAUUUACACUGGAUAGCUCUAUCAGUUCUAAACUGUUCUUCCUAGAGGUCCAGUAAGAGUCAUCUCUUAUUCAUCCAGUGUUACUACAGGAGGUAACCUAAACUAAACUAACUUUAUUUACACUGGAUAGCUCUAUCAGUUCUAAACUGUUCUCCCUAGAGAUUCCGUAAGCAGCAUCUCUUAUUGACCCAGUGUUACUACAGGAGGAAACCUAAACUAACUUUGAUUAUGCUGGAUAGCUCUAUCAGUAAGGACCAUCUCUUCUUGAUCCAGUGUGAGUGCAGGAUGAAACCUCUGAAUUGUUCUCCAAUGAAGUUUAGCGAAGACGAUCGCGUAAUAAGACUAUUUAAAAAAGAACUUCCAUUUCCAGGUGCCGACAUCAGGUUCACAAGAAGGGGCGUUCGAGAAUGUUAAGUUAGUCUGCAGUGGUGAACAAGGUCAAUCUAUCCGCCAGUUGAUUGGGACACAUGUUUUACGUCGUGUUGCCAUGUGUUGCUUAACAUCGGCCAAAGGACGAAGACAACAUUUAGCUGUCAGUCAUGAGAAAGGAAAGGUAAACCUAAACAUUAGAAAUUGUCUUCUGAUCUUGAAAAACCUAAACAUUAGAAAUUGUCUUCUGAUCUUGAAAAACCUAAACAUUAGAAAUUGUCUUCUGAUCUUGAAAAACCUAAACAUUAGAAAUUUUCUUCUGAUCUUUUCAUUCCCUAAUGUUUCUGACCAGCUCUCCUUCAUCUCUUCUUACUACGUGUCCAUGCCCUCUCAGAGUGCAAUAAUUUCCCCCAUGCAAAACGAUCAUUAAAAUAUCUAAUUAUUGUUUCAUUUCAGAUAACAAUUCUUCAACUAUCUUCAUUGCUUAAACAAGCUGACUCAAGCCGUCGUAAACUGACUAUAACACGUCUGGCCACAACCCAAGUUCCUUUCACCAUCCUUUCUUUAACUGGCAACAUCUGCAAUGAGGAUUUUCUUGCUGUCUCUGGUCUCAAAGAUUGUCAUGUCUUGACAUUGAGUGGCACUGGCUCUGUUAUCAAUCACCUCGUCUUACAUCCGCAGUUGGAGACUGGGAAUUUCAUUAUCAAGACAAUAUGGCUUCCGGGUUCUCAGACCGAACUCGCUAUUGUUACAGCCGAUUUUGUGCAGGUAUGUUGUUACUCAGUUUUGUAUAAGGCUGGUGUCUGAACUACGUAACUACAAACUUUGCUGCUCUGUACCGCUGGAUCCCAUGUUUGAUUUUCACAUUUUAUUCACAUGUUAUAUUCACAGAUUUACGACUUGGCUAAAGAUGCUCUUAGUCCAGUAUUCUAUUUCGUGCUGCCGGCGGGCAAGAUUCGUGACGUCACGUUUAUAUUUCAAUCAUCAUUGCGUCAUUUGUGUCUGAUGUCAUCCGAAGGACUGGUCUAUACACAACAACUGGAUGAAUCAAGCUCAGCCAAAUCAGGACCAUUUUACCUGACGAACAUUGUGCCUGUCGAUCACCCGGAGUUGAAAGAUAACAAUGGUCAAGUUGCUGGAGGUGGCGUCUCCGUUUAUUAUUCUCAUGGGUUGCAGAUGCUUUUCUUUAGCUAUGCACAAGGUAUGUUAGACCAGAAUCUUGAAAUGUCUUUGCCAGUGUGGGUAAUGGCAAUCAAAUAAACAAGCUUUCGUUGAUAGGGAUGCAACUACCUGAAAAAUAUAAGAAGAAUUUCGACGUUUCGAGCGAAGACCUUUUGUCUGGAGUUACUAGUGGGGGGUCGGGAAAAUUACAUGAGCAGAUGAAUUUAGUCAAAACAAAGUAUAAACAAAAAAUGUAAAUCACAUUACAGAAUAUAUUAAUACGAAUAUACAAAAUACUACAACAAAUGCAACAAAAUAUAUGAAACAAGUAUGGAAUAAGGUAAGAAUUAAAAGUACUAUCAAUGUCUGCUUUUGACAGGCAAAGACAGACCGGGUUAAACAUAGGAAAAACGUUCGUUAGUUAGACCAUAGUUGACCUAGGGCUGGGUUGCACCAAGCACUGCUUUCGUUGCUAGAGAUGCAACUCUCUGGAAAAUACAAGAAAUUCUUUUUGGUAGUUGCACCCCCUACCUAGGAAGGUUUGGUGAUCAUUGGGACUACCUACAUUGGCACAGACAAGAUUAUUUACUAAACACUAUCGUGCAACAGAUGGUGGCCAACUGGCACUCAUCAUAAUGAGACAAUAAUUAACAAUUAUUCGCCGAAGGCGAGGUGAUUAUCGGUGAAUAAAAACCGAGACGAAGUCCAGGCCAUAAAAUAUCGGUCGGUCACGGACAUUGUCCGACCCAUUCGUCCAAUUGUCCGACGUAGAGAGGAAACCACCGGACAUUCUGUCCGACCUAAAUGAAACUGAAGUUUAUUAUGUGUCCGACCCGAAUGAAUUGGUGUCUGACCGAACUGUAGCUUUGUCCGACGCUUUCUCCACGCACGUAAAUCAAAAUGUACCCUAGUCCAAUACUAGAAGCUCGUAUGUUAUAGUGGAGAAACAGAGUAUUGUACAAAAAUGAACCGGAAAUGUUGGAAAACGUGCUUAAGUUGUCGAAGUCGUACUGCUAUUAUUGGCAAGCAAGUUAAUCUUGACUUGGAAAUAAGUAUGAAUGACACAAAUUAUUUAAAUAUCUUCAUAACAUUUAGUUCAGAAUUAAUAUAUUGUGCUGAUAUUGAUUUGCGUCAUUCAGACUUAUUUCCAAGACAAACUGAACUGAAGGUCAUCGGACAUAUGUCCGACCUAAACUCAAAGUCAUCGGACAUUUUGUCAGACGGCGUUGUAAAAGAUAUUUUAAGGCCUGGAAGUCGAGGUUUUUAUUCACGAUAAUCACCGAGCCUGAGGUGAAUAAUUGUUUUAGUAUAAUUUUAUAGGUGAUUAUAUGGAAAAAAUAAAAAAAUACACAUUUCUUCGUCAUUUAAUUGACAAAAAGGCUUCGGCCGCCAUUUUGAAAAUCGCUUAGGUGAUUAUCGCGUAAUAAUCACCUCAACGGCAACCAAUCAGCGUGGAGAAUUUUCAAUAAUCACCUAUGUAAUUAUACUAAUGUUAAUUAUUGUUAUUCUAUGUAGUAGUAUGGCAUCUCUUUUACUUGUUGACACUGAUUUUUACAUUUUGAUCUUUGUUUCUGUGUAGGGAAUACAUUCGUUGCACCUUGGACUGAAAAUCUCUCAAGCAUUAAAAACUUAUUCCCAAUCGAUACAAAACCAACAAAUGGCAACAAAAGUGCGCCUUCAACCUUAUGGCAGUGGUCAGAGGUUCUUCAACAUCCUGGCCUUGUGUUUUGUCAAACUCAUACCGCUGGCAUACCCAUUGUAUUGAUGGUGAAACCAGGCAAUAUUUCGGUAAGUAACGCAGUUUUUCUCGGCAACUCUGAAUUCGUCCUUUAGUAACACUGACAGAGCCUUACUAGACCUCUAGAUAAUGUUUUCUCUGCUUGUAGUUUCAAGAAAUCAAAUCUGCGUCGUCUAAAUCCAAGAUUCAAGAUGUAGCAGCAAUACGUCACAGUCUGUCUAAUUCCGACCAGUCUCGGACGACAGUCAUCUUGCUCUGUGAAGAUGGAAGUCUCAAGAUUUAUAUGGCGAGUCAAGAACAAGCUGGUUUCUGGAUGUCUCCCGCAUUUCAACCAACAAGGUCAGCGCAUAGUCGAAUAAGAAGAUAGGAAACUCGAUGCAGACAUGUUUUUCUCUUGGUUUAUGCAAGAAAUGGCGGUUCAUCAAUGGUCGGUGUAUUGUAUUUUUGCUAAAGCAACCAAUAGCUAUGUUUUCAUUUAACCAUUGUGUAAUAUCAGGACUGGGUAAUUAAACCAACACACUGCUAUGGGUUGGUUGGGCGAAUAAACAAUACACACGUGACGAUGAACCGACCAUUUUUUGCAUAAACCAAGACAAAAACAUAGAUAACGAGGUCUAUUAUGUCUGCAUUGAGUUCCCUAGCCUUGUUCUAUUGACUAUAGUCAGGGUUAAGAUUGGGUUAGGAUAAGGACUUGGGUCAUGUUUAGACUUAAGGUUGAGGCUUGAGUUAUGGCACAGAUUAAGUAUGGACCAGAUGUGUAACUUCAGCAAAAAAGUUGUCCCACGGUCGCCAUCUUCCUAGCAAGUGUUAUGUACAGCUUAAAUUUGAGUACACGAAGUCGUAUUAAGUUAGACAUCUGGUCAUACUUAAUCCGUGGUUAUGACUAGGAUUAGGAUGGUAAAUAUAUUGUAUUUAACUUGCGAUUUUUGACUUGAAAGUUCACCCAAAUGUUUGUGUUUCCACAGUGCUGUGGCGGCUCUUAAACCAAUCAAGCCACGAAAAUUGAAGAAAAAUGUGCGUAUAAAGACAUCCAGCUCGCCACAUUUUCCUAUCGACUUCUUUGAAAAUUGUCAAGUAUUGAACGAUGUGCAGUUCGGUGGUAAAGAUAUCUUGCAAGUUUAUAAUGUUCAACAAGUCAAGCACAGGUUAAUGACCGCUGGGAUGUACAUCGCUUGCACCAAGGUAAAUAUUGAUGAAAACUAACAGGUGUAGUUCUUGGACACUGUUUGAUUUCAUGUAAUGUAAAAGCUAUCGCAAUGAAAUAACGAUCAUUGCAUUCAGAAAGGACUAACUUAGAUUUUGAUACAUAACACUUGAAUUUACAUGCAAUAUUGAGCGAGAAACAACCAAAAUAAAAAUAUUUGUUAUUUAACAAGUAUAACUACAUCUGUAAUUAUAAGGUUUUUUAUGCUAGUUUUUGGCAUUUUCAAAAACAGUAGUUUAACGUUCAAACAUCACCAGCGCAGUCAAUAUUGCAUGUUAAUUCAGUGUUAUAUAUCAAAAUCUAAGUUUACUUAGUCCUUUCUGAAUGCAAUGAUCUUUAUUCCAUUGCGAUAGCUUUUAUAGCUUUUACGUUACAUGAAAUCAAACAGUGUCCAGUAAGAACCCGGUAGAACCUUUAUCCACUCAUGGUAAGAGUUAACACGCAAGCUGGCUGCGAGUACGUUUAUCCAAUCACAAUGCUCGACAGUUUAUGUCAGUUAGAUGCAAGUAUUCGCAGUGAGCUUGCGAGUUGGUUUUGGCAAUGAGUGGAAAAGAUCUGUAAGACACCUACCACCAGAGGCUCAGAAGUUUAAUAAUUUAAUUUGCUGUAACAAGCACCAUCCUUUCUUUAGUCGAACAGUUUCUCGAUGACAGUAAAAAACUGCAACCCUGCAGUGGUGAUGGUUGGUGUGCGUGUCUUGGUUGGAUGUCAAGCUAUUGAUAAAGCUCCGACAUUCUUGGAAGUAUUUGGUCGUGCCAUUGACAUUGAGAUAAAGCGAAACAGAUGGUUUGAUAUUGCUUUCGCUAGAGAAGAAAUUCUUGCUACUGAUGGGACAAUUACACUCACAUGUAAGAAAUGCUUGGGUACUCUGAUGAUCCUCUGUUGUAUGACUCUUACUUGACCUCUAGGAAGAACAGUUUAGAACUAGUAGAACCAUCAAGUCUAAUUGUAAUUGAGUUUAUAUUUUCUCCUGUAGUAACACUGGACCAAUAUUGGAUACCCUUUACUGGGAGAACAGCUCAGAAAACAUCCAUUAUAAGAGAGUUAGAUUAGGUUUCCUUUCGUUCAAUUCCUUAUCUUUUUAGUCGGUCAAUCCCAUGAUGCCAGCAACGUGACAAUGAUUGACUCCAUCAAGGUGUACUAUAAAAGUAAAGAAGCAUUUGGUUGGCCAGAUGACCUGCAAGAAGAGGGUAUACCCCCACCUACCCCCACGCCUUCAACUGCCCCACCUAUCAGUCCAUUUACUCAGAACUCUGAAGUCAUAACCAGUACCGCUCCACUAUCUUUGAGAGAAAUGUAAGUUAUAUAAUACAUGCAGAUUUUCUCAACAGUUUAUUUUUAAAAACAUUUACUUACAUUAUACUAAAAUAAGCUAACAGAAAACGCUAGAAAAUGUGUUCCAUCCACGUUCCAUUUGCUUGUAUUUAUUUUGAUUGUUGUGUUCUAGAAUGACAGCAAACUCUUUGCGAGCUUUGGAUGGUUUUGUGUCUCUUGUAACAGAUGAAGAAAAUGGCUACCAGGAAAUUGUGACAAUAGCAACAUCACUUUUAUCGUCACCACUGCCUCAGCAGGUUCAAGAACAAGCCAAGAUGUUGCUCGCUUCAUUACAUCCUACCAAGAACACUUAUAACAAUCACAAGGUUCGUCCAGCUUGCUUUGGAAGGCUGUAUUGACAGUCACGCAUUGGUACAGGGAACAUUUCAAACUCUAGACUAACAAAAUAAAGGCUUGAUGAGUGUUCAAACUAUGUUUUAAAUUUAAUGAAAUACAUGAUAGUGUUGGGAAAGCAUUAAGUCUGUAAAGAACAGCUAACCAAGGUCACGUGACUGCCAACUCUCACGCACUCUCAUUCUGACCACAGAGAAGAGAUAUACAGUGAGGAAACACGCGGCAAAUUGUGUCACGCCGAUAUAUUCGGUCUAUUAACUAUAGAAAAUUAUAUUAAUUCACUAUUUUAUUAAAUUUUGACAAUGCAGAGGAAAAACUAUACGUAUUAUAGAAGUAUUCAUGUUUUUUUUAUGCGAGAGUUAUAUUUUGAGAAUUUAUAUCAUUUGCUGCUUUGUUUUUUAUAUACGAGCAUCUGAAAUUCCCCAGCCAGUGCUUUUCACGAUUUUAAUAAGGAGUAGAUAGGGGGAAAAACAAACUUUUGCAAAAUAAAAUGUUCUGUUAACACUUUUAAUAAAAAGAAAUCAAUAAAAGUGAUCGCUUACCGUUAUUCUACAAUAAUUUAUUGAACAAAAUUUCCAUGGGUAUCUCAUUUUUUAAAAGAAAGCGAUUUUCACCUUUCGAACGGCGUUUUCCCUAUCUUUUGCUAUGAAAUUUCAGCGACGGCACUGGCUGGAAGAUUUUGCGUGGCGCGUGGAACGCGUGACAAAAAUUCAGGUUAUCGAGUGUCAGUUUCCUCUCUGUAUAUCUCUUCUCUGUGUCCUGACUGAGGUAGGAUUAAAAAAAGUUUAGAUUCUGCGGACCAGUGAAGAUUAGUAUUAGGAUAUGGAUUUAAGUUUCUGUGGUAAGAGCUAGGGUUUGGUUUCUGAUCAGGAUUGUGGUUAGUGUUGGGAUUCUAAGGGUUGGCAUUGUUAAUUGAGCCAUGUUUUAUUUGCUACUCCUAGGACCAUGCGCAGUUGACGUAUGUUGUGAAGAGUCUUUACAAGAAGACAUCCUCUCCAGAUGAAAUAGAUCCUGAAGUAUUUGAAAGAGUUGUUGUAAUGACCAGAGCUGUGGCGGUCAAUAGACCUGAAAAUUUAGUCAAGUUUGUCAACGAAUUAACAGAAAACCUCGAUUCAGCUGGAGUACCGUUCCCAAUGAAGAUUGUUUCAACUUUCUGGCGAUUUUAUCAAACACAGCCUAGUAAUUUAUCACUGGUUACUGCGGCACACUCUGGCAUACAUUAUACAGAAAUGAUUAUAUUUGCCUUGGUUGAAAUACUCCAUGCAUUUAUUGUGACUGACAGCUCGUAUGUUUCCAUGAUUACUGAACUAUAUGUUCAACUGCUGCUAUGUCUGGUGAGUGCGUCGUUGGCUAAUGAAAUAUCCAGUAGAAAUAAGGUUAAAGAUUACUUCCGUAGUAACGCUGGACCAAUAGCUGAGUUUCAAUCACCUGAUACGUUUAACGCUUGGUGAGUCGACUCCAAUGGACCUUUAACCUCGUAACUAAAAUUUUGAUCCAGACAAGAAGCUUGCAAUUUUCAGUCAUUUUAGAUUACAAACGGGAAAUUGAUACCCAAACACCCGAUUUGGGUAUCAAUUUCCCGUUUGUAAUCUAAAAUGACUGAAAAUUGCAAACUUUGCAGGGCUAUAUUAUCCGCAUUUUACAACAUUUCGCAACGAAACUUCGGAAUAUUACUAAUUUUGCGAUGCUCUUUCAAGCUGUGAUGAAAUUUUUGUCUAGAUCAAAAUUUUAGUAAUAUGGUUAAAGGUCCAUUGGAAACACAUUUAUCGGAUCGAGUUAAAUAAUCAUUAUAAGUAUUGAUCUUGUUUGGUAUCAAAUAUAUGCAAUUUAACGAAAUUUACUUGCUUCCACAAAGUAUAGAGCGGCGAUAUGUGUAAAGUCGACCAUCAAGCGUUUCCUCAUGUUUAAGGCUUGAGUGAAACCCACUGAUAGGGGGUCUGGGGAUGACUCUCACUAAACUUCCGGUGAGAAGAGUUAGAACUAAAGAAACAAUCCAGUGCCAAUAAACGUAAUUUAUGAUAAUUUUAAAAUAAUAACAUUUUCUCACUCUGAUAGCCGCCAGUUGACCACCAUCUGCUGCACGAUAGUGUUGAGUGAAACUCACUUAAAAUAAAUCGCGCUUUCUCCCUAGGAUAUACGUGUAAGCUUUGCUUGUAAGCAAGCGUUAGCAUUCGUUUUGAGACCCAGCUCACGUCGUGCUUCGACAAAGAGUGAGGAAAAUAAAACUGGUGCAGAGAAACCUGAACCAGCCUCACAAGCCAAGACAGAUGAUCAGAUUGACGCCACAAGACAGGCAGCUGAAAGUAGAGCUGAAGAUCCUGAAGUGGGAGAACAAGGUGGUGAAGGUGGAGAACAUUCUGGUGAAGGUGGAGAAGAUGACGAUGGAGAGAACUUUAAUCUUACACCACCAUGGGAAGUGAACCCAGAAGAGGUAUGAUAAAAGUCAGACUGUUAUAAUACGAACACUAAAGGGAUACAACAAAAUACGGUUAGAGAGGUAUCUGUAUAGUGAGACGUCCGUAUUAGAGAAGUGUCUGUAUUAGAGAAGUGUCUGUAUUAGAGAGGUGUCUGUAUCAGAGAGGUGUCUGUAUUAGAGAAGUGUCUGUAUUAGAGAGGUGUCUGUAUUAGAGAGGUGUCUGUAUUAGAGAGGUGUCUGUAUUAGAGAGAUGUCUGUAUUAGAGAGGUGUCUGUAUUAGAGAGAUGUCUGUAUUAGAGAGAUGUCUGUAUUAGAGAGAUGUCUGUAUUAGAGAGGUGUCUGUAUUAGAGAAGUGUCUGUAUUAGAGAGGUGUCUGUAUUAGAGAAGUGUCUGUAUUAGAGAGAUGUCUGUAUUAGAGAGGUUUCUGUAUUAGAGAGGUGUCUGUAUUAGAGAGGUUUCUGUAUUAGAGAGAUGUCCGUAUUAAAGAAGUAUCCGUAUUAGAGAGUCUGCUUAUAACCUUACAUGCAAACAAUGAAAUUGGAUCUGUUUAUAUUAUAUUUAGGACGUACCUGUACCAGACAUACCAGAACCUGGUCCAUCAUCAGGGGGGCGUGGGCCAUCAUCAGUGGCAGGUACUCGUCUGGAAGCUCUGUUGAAUGCUGGCUUUCCAGCAGUGUAUGAACUCCCCCCGGAUGCAGACGACGAAGCAAUGAUGGAGCUUGCAAUAGCACUGAGUCUACAAGAACAAGGAGAAGAGGCUGCCUUGGGAUUACAUCAUUUGUUGGGAGAGGCGAUUGAAAAUGGAGGACCUGUAGACGAGGGAGAGCGAUCCUCAUCCUCAGCAUCAGGUAAGGGGGGGGGGAGUGGGGGUGUUGUAGAGGAAGGAAUUCUUCUUGCCCAGGUAUUGUUCUGGUGGAUAAUGCAUCUGUAACCCUAAAUGUUCAAAUGUUCCUCGUUGACCUUAGAAUCAAGUCUUUAUUAUGAACACUGAACAACGAUACUUCUCAAUUGAUAGCAUGAUUCCUUAAGAUCACAAUUUUUCCACGUCUGGGUAAUGUCUAGUUCAGAUAUAAUUCUUGGGCAUUCACAAUGGAGAAAUGUAGAGUAAUUAUUCAUUCAUUAUUGUACGAUUUUUAUGAUGAUUCACAGGUGGUAGUUACAUAUAUUUUAAUGCUAGAUCUUGAAACAUACUUGUAUGUUAUCCCUAGGUCAUGCGAGUGAAGACGAUUUAGAACCCACGACUGGUUCAAUGGAUCUUGUACAAAUACACGCAGAAGCGGCUGCUCAACAGUCCAGUCAAGACUUGGGAUCAGUGAGUGAGGGAAGUGCUGAGUCUAUAAGUGGAGAAAACCCUGGGGACGAACAAGAUAGACAGGAGGAUGCAAUGGGUAAAUAUAGAUAUAAAUGGAUAGCCUGAGUAAAUUGUAGUACAUGUUCUUGAAUGUGAGCUACCGUAAAGUGAGCUGAUGUUUUACAAAACGCACUGCUGAGUUAAACAUGAUUAAAUCAUGCAGAGGUAGUACAUAUUCUUGAAUGGGCUGCCUUAGAGUGAUCUAAUGUUGUACAAAACUUACUACUGAGUUAAACAUGGUUAGAUCACACAGAGGUGUACAUCCUCUGGAGUGUAGGCUGCCUAAUAUUAUAGAUGAAAAAGUGAUUUCAUAUUGCAGAGAACUCGUUUCAGGAUUUUCUCAUUUUUUAUUCCAGAGAGUGAAAGUGGCGUAGGAGCGACUCCAAAACCAGAUGAUCCAACAGAUCGUUUCAACAUGUCCAAAUACGAUGCUGAUGUACGCGAAAAAUUGCACAAUUUAAACUUGGUCAUUCUGCGCACGUUUGUUGAUCAUUUUCACAGGUUAGAUGGCAUCGGUGGAGUACAGGCGAUACCAUUUAUGCAGGUGAGAAUUUCUAUGAGAAAUAAAUGUUAUGUACUUUAAUAUUAAGACCAUAAUAUUUUAGACCAUUAUUUUACAGAACGUUCAGAGAAGUGACUGCUUGCCUAUGUAACGAUUUUUUUCAUAGAGUUUCAUGUAACCAGGCAUAAUAUCAAACAUGUUUCAUUGCUUUGGUUCAAGUCAAUCACUAGAAAAACACUCCAGUCUGCAUACGAGAACUCCUUAUACACUGGAGAGAUGACGUCAGGCAAGACAGCUAGCGUCAUCUCUAUUCCAAGAAUGAUAACUCAUAUUUAUUUGCUACGCUUCCUUGAUUUAUGAUGUAAACAUUCUUUUCUCCAGGUUUUGCUCAUGUUGUGUUUUGAUCUUGACAACAAUGAAAGUGACAGUAGUGAUCUCUUACAUCAAGUAUUCACGAAAUGUCUUGAAGAAUUGCAUCUCGACUCCGCUGAUAUCACAGAUAUAGCAUCUCGCACCAGUUCCCGGGAGGUACAGCUCAUUAUUAUGAGGUUCUUGAGCGUCCUCAUGUCAAGAUCAAAAUCUGCAGGAAAAUCAUCCAGUCAGGUAAAAUUUUUCCUUCGGUCAGUUUAUUAACAACCACAAUUUAGCGAUUUCUUAAUAGGUUUAAUAGGUUUAAUAAUAAAUUUUGUCACACACAACAAUUAUUUACAAAAAAUGUCAAAUAAUGUAAGUUAAAUAAUAACAAGAAAGAUAAUGUUAUCAAACAAAAUAAUAAAUAUUUACUUAAAAGCCUAUGUGACGAGGAGGUUUGAUAUAGGAAACCAAUUAGGCUUAUUAAAAUUAUCAAACCCCCUCUCGUUUGAGAAUUCACACUAAUUAUAAGCUUAUUUCAAAAUAAAUAACAAUGGUAAGCUUAGUUAAUUAUACAUGGAGCAGAAAAGUUUUUUUAAUUUCUUUGUAAAGGAAGAAAGCGAUACACUAUUCACAAUAUCAUUGUCUAAACUGUUAUAGAGAAAUGGGCCUUGGUAUUUUAUAGAGAAUUGACGUAGAUUUGUUCUAGGAGUUACAAUGUGAAAUUCAUUUGCUCUUCUAGUAUUAUAAUUAUGUAUUUGGCUAUUUAAUAGGAAAAUAUUUUUAAAAUGUUCUGGUACAAGAUUUUUUUUAUACAAAAACAUGAAUUGACAUGUUUGCAAUUUACAUAUGUCACUAAAUUUCAAUAAUCGAAGGUUUUUAAAGAUCAUGCUUGUAUGAGAAUCAAAUGUACUAUUAUUCAUAAUUCUAACAAUACGUUUCUGAAGAACUACCAAACGAAACAGGUUGGAUGCAUACGUAGAUGCCCAAACAAUAUUGCAAUAUUGCAGGUAUGGGUACACCAAUGAGUAAUACAAAGUAAACAAUGAUUGUUUCAAAAGAAAAAAACUAGAUUUACGUAUUAUUCCUAUUGAUUUUGAAAUCUUCGUUGACACAUGACUAAUAUGAGAUUUCCAAGAAAGUUUGUCAUCUAAAAUAACUCCUAAGAAAACGAUUUUUUCCACUUGAUCAAUUUCUCUAUCAUGUUCCUAAUUUUUAAAAGCGUGAACACUAACCUAACCUAAAUCUUAAUCCAAGCAUAACCUAACGGGAACCAAGUAUUUACAUGUGAAUGACUUUGGUGACAAUAGGCAUAAACACUCGAUAGCUGAUUAGAUAUUUUGACACUUCUUUCACUCCAGGCUAUGAAAACUACUUAUUUACAAUGGAUUACAUUGUCUGCCUCGAUUUCAAGCUAUUGUUUCGUUUGCACGUAAGCAAAUCGGGAAGUGUCUAUUAGACUGCAGAGUUAAGAUUUGAGGUCAGGGUUUAGCGAUUGUUGUUAUGGUUUAUAUUUUAAUGCAAUGUUUCUCUUCUGCAGCAGCAAACAUCAUCAAUGUCCACACUGGUAGCUACAUCUCUCUUUCAAAACAACAUCAUGGGUCAUUGUCUUGCAAUAUUGAACCGCCUGAUGGAGCAUUGGCAAGCACGCGAGAAGACUGGGGAGAGUGAAGAAAAUAUGGGCUCUUUACUGAAACCACAACCUGGCCAUUCACCUCCUGAUAUGUCACCUUUCUUUUUGAAACAAUAUGUCAAGGUACACUAACUUUAUUUAUGCUGGAUAGCUCUAUCAGUUCUAAACUGUUCUUCCUAGAGGUCCAGUAAGGAUCAUCUCUUAUUGAUCCAGUGUUACUACAGGAGGAAACCUAAACGAAACUAACUUUAUUUAUACUGGAUAGCUCUAUCAGUUCUAAACUGUUCUUCCUAGAGGUCCAGUAAGGGUCAUCUCUUAUUGAUCCAGUGUUACCACAGGAGGAAACCUAAACGAAACUAACUUUAUUUAUACUGGAUAGCUCUAUCAGUUCUAAACUGUUCUUCCUAGAGGUCCAGUAAGGAUCAUCUCUUAUUGAUCCAGUGUUACUACUGGAGGAAACCUAAACGAAACUAACUUUAUUUAUACUGGAUAGCUUUAUCAGUUCUAAACUGUUGUUCCUUUAGAGUCAUGCCAGUGAUAUAUUUGAAGCCUACCCACUCUUGGUGACUGAAAUGGUAUUACGUCUAACAUAUCAAGUGAAGAAAAUUGCAGAUGGUUCUUCUGAUGUGGAAAUGAAUGAUUUACCCGAGGACUGGUUCACUUGUCUUUUUGAGGUAAAUAUUGGAGAGAUUUCUACUACAGCUUGAUGGAUGGCCCAUUUGAACAACCCUAGGAAGAGAAAAUAAUUAUGAUCUUAAAUGUCAUUUUGUUUUUUGUAGUACAUGAUGAUUCAACAAUCUUCGUUUGUCAAGAUAAAGAGACAAGUUCGUAAGCUUCUCUUGUUCCUCUGUGGAUCAAAAGAGAAUUAUAGAGAACAGAGAGAUUCCCAUGCCCUUGAUGUGCACUUUAAAGCUGUUAGGUAACUACUAUAUAAUCAAACUUAAAACUUUUGGCUGGCUUUAGAGAUAGAUUGUCCAUUUGAGCGAACGAAAUAAUGUCAUACUUACUGGUAAUAUAAUACUUACUAGUCUUUAUUCUGGCCUUUUCUAAACUGGAACAGUAAUAUCAAAAGUUGUGAAUAAAAUGAUUUGUUUGAAUUACACGUUGUGUUAAAUUGUCUUUUCUCUCCAGGCGUAUUUGUCAUGAAAGUGGAUUCAGUGAGGAAGAGCAAACACCAAUCAAUAUUGAAUACGAUACAUUACUGGAUCUGAUUGAACGUCUCAAGGCUGCUGCUGAUAUUGCCAGUAAUAGAACUAAGAACUGGCAAGCGUAUUGUUUAAAAAAUCAAUGUGAGUGAUGACGUACACUGCAUGUGUCUUCCAGUUCUGGGCUUUGGUCUGAUGAUUAUACCUGUCACGUUUUAGGAAGAGUUACACUUUUUACACUUUUGUAAUUUUGUAUUCUUUUCUAUUUUAAACUUAACCUUAAUCCUAACCCUUACUCUAAUCUUAAUCCUAACCCUUACUCUAAUCUUAAUCCUAACCCUUACUCUAAUCUUAAUCCUAACCCUUACUCUAGUCUUAAUCCUAACCCUUACUCUAAUCUUAAUCCUAACCCUUACUUUACUCCUAACCCCAAUUCUAACCCUUUCCCCCAAUCCAAACCGAAAUCCUAACCCUCGAAGUCUAAAAAUAGUAGCUGUUCCUAAAUCGUGACUCAUAUGUUGAUGCUAAUUUCAUCUCGGUCACAUGAGUUCUUCCAGUUUGACUCUACCAAACCCCACAGUUAUAAAUCUUACCUAAUUUCAUUGCACUUGGAUAACGUGGCUGUAUUUGUUCCAGGCACUCUGUCUUUCCUCUUCAAAGUGAGCUUCAUCAUCAAUGAAGGAGUCACAGCUACAAUACUACAACUGCUCACAACAGCACUAUGCGACAAUGACAGUCAAAAGGACUCGGAGAAUAAAAACCCGGGCAGUGUUCAUCAACAAUUGGUUCAGCAGUUAACUCAGAGUGUCGAUAUUGAAGCAAUGCGACAGUUUGUUCGUUGUUUCCUGUUACAAUCAAAUUCCACCAGCAUUCGUUGGCAAGCACAUUCUUUACUGCACUCUAUACACAG